GUUUCAAAAACUAAAAUAACAAGUGGAAGUCAGGUUCUGUGGUACUUUCUCCAGGGCAGCAGCUCUCUGAGUGCUGUUACAUUAUUUUACUGCCUUUCCCUUCCCGCUGGGAGACGGCUUGGAGGCUGCAGCCCAGGGCAGGGCAGUUUAGGGAGGGCAAGGUUCAGUUGAGGGGACUCAGAUCUUAAUUGUUAAAAACAGGCAGCAUUUCGGAUGUGAUUUAAUGCUUAGAUGUUAGACAUGAUAACAGAGGAGGAAACAGCGUCAGCGGAUAUCGGCAUGGCCUGGCCGGGCCCUCUCCGCCGGCAGCCCUGCAGCAAGGAGGACACCCUGCCCUCCACAAAGAUGGCCGCUCGGGGACGGGAACCUCGCUCAGCCCAAGAUGGCCGCCGCGCCGCCACCCACCGGAUCAACGUGCCCACAACAAAGAUGGCUGCUCGACCCGCGGAGUGGGCGGAGGUGAAGGGAGGGGGGAGCAGCGCCCUUACCCAAAAUGGCGCCGCGAAGCCGGCGGGGCGGGACGGGGCGGCCGGGGUUGGGGCGGGGAGGCGGGGCCGGGGGCGGGGCGGGGGCGCGCCCGGCGGCGGAGCGGAAGUGGCGCGGAGCCUCCUCCAGCUGGUUGUCAUUUCGUGCGGCGGCUCGCUCCUGAGGAGACAGGGCUCGGCGGCGGCCGGGCGGGGAGCGGCGGCGGCAGCAGCGGCAGCAGCAGGAGGAGAAGAAAGGAGGAGGAGGAGGAGGAGGGAGGCACCGGCUGCGGCACCGAGCACGACGAGGCGAGCGGCAGCCGAGGACCAGUCGCGGCCAGGCUCGCCGGCUGCUGGAGCUCCUCCCGCCCGCCCGGAGCCGUGGGUGCGUGUGGCGCUGCCCUUGUGCCGUCGCCGUCCGCCCCCGGAGGCAGCGUCCCCCCGCCCGGCGCCCGGCUGGUUUACAUGAGGGGGAAGGAAGCCCGCCUGGAGCCCAGAAGACGCGCAGCAGGGGAAGGACUGCUCCGAGGAGCCGCCGCCUCCGGCCCCCGAGCCCCGGUUAGUCCGCACGGCUCCCCCCUCCGCGGCACCCGGCGGCCGAGCCCCUGCCCCGAAACCUGCGGGAGAGCCGCUUAAACACCUUCCAUGGGGGUGAGAGGAGCCCGGCCCCCCGCCGCCUGCACCUUCCCCUCCUCGCCGGAGGCUGCUCCUCUCCUGAGGUAAAAGAGAAAAAAAAGGA